UAUGAAUAUGUCUGCCCCAUUUGUGACGUGGUCUCAGCCACACCACAUCAAUUUACCAAUCACAUACGCUGUCACAACUACACCUCAGGGAAUACGGAAAACUUCACCUGCCGUAUUUGCUCAAAGGUCCUCUCAUCUGCCUCAUCAUUGGAUCGUCACGUUUUGGUGCACACCGGCGAACGACCAUUCAAUUGUAAAUAUUGUCAUCUCACUUUUACCACCAACGGCAACAUGCAUCGCCACAUGCGCACUCACAAACAGCAUCAGCACACCCAUCAUCGACGCAACUCGAAUGGAACAAAGUUCAACUCCAAGUCGGCGGCAACAUCGAACAGCAACACAACCGCUCCAGCUAAUGCCACAACUCCAUUAAGCAAUGGACAAUUAAAUGAAGGCGUUAAAUUAUCAGCAGCUUUGGCAAUGGCAACAGCGUCAAAUGCCGUCGCUUCAGCUGCCACAACAACAACAACUACAACAACACCAGCUACAACACACGAUAAUCAUAAUCAUCACAUCGAGACAGGUGCUAAUGACAAGCGAUUAAAUGGUAACGCCGAAACAUCAGCCAUAGAAAGUUAUGAAAGUGAUGGCGGCUGUUCCACAGAUACAUCCACGGGUCACCAUAAUGAUAAUGAUGAACAUGAUCUCGAACAACAGCAGCAACAAAAACCCCCAACUCCUGAAGAACUAUUAAAGCAGCAUUUAAAAGCUUUGGCCAACGCCGCCUGCCCUCCCAGCUCACAAACAAAUGGUGAAAAAUCAUCAACCCCAAACCACAACAACAAUGAAUCUGUAAUGUGUCCCAUUUGCAAUGAUGAUGAAUUCACCAGUGUCACCGCCCUCGAUCAACACAUGGAUGCCAAACAUCCCGAAAUACCAGCCAAAUGUACAAAUUGUGAGGUUAUCUUCAGGACUCAUCACCAGCUCAGCAUGCAUCCCUGCACUGCUGACAUUAAAUCGGAGCGUAGAGAACAUUUUACACCUCGAUCACAUCGUUCAAGGGAAAAUUCUCUCGACAAUUGCCCACAAGAGGAAUCACACGCAGAAGAACUUCACGAUAACGCCACUGAGGAACAACAACGCCGUCGUGAGGAACUCUUCCGUCACUUGCAACUGAAAAAUAUGAUGGCCCAAGCCAAUGCCUCCUCACCUUCCUCCCAUCACAACAUUGAAUUAACCGAAGAUGAUAUUAAAUCGGAACCCUCUGCUGGCCACGAUUCCAAAGACUUGGCUGAUAUUCAAUCGAUUUUGAAUAUGACCUCAUCAUCGAAUACCUCUAAUUUCCUCAAGAACUUUGAACAAUCGGUGAACACCCCCUCCUCUCAGUUCAGCUAUGAUCGUGACGAGGAAGAGGCUCAAGAUGUUUUCACAGCCGAAUUCCGUAAAAUGAAGCUGCGUGGUGAAUUCCCCUGCAAACUGUGCACAGCAGUAUUCCCCAAUUUGCGUGCCCUGAAGGGUCACAAUCGUGUCCAUUUGAGCGAAGUUGGCCCAGCAGGUCCAUUCCGUUGCAACAUGUGCCCCUACUCCAUCUGCGACAAGGCUGCCCUAGUACGUCACAUGCGCACCCACAACGGCGACCGGCCCUAUGAAUGUGCUGUCUGCAAUUACGCCUUCACCACAAAGGCUAAUUGCGAACGUCACUUGCGCAACCGCCAUGCCAAAACCACACGCGAGGAUGUCAAACGUGCCAUUAUCUAUCAUCCCUCGGAGGAUUCCAGCUGUGAUGAUCCCAACAAGAAACAACAUCUCUUCUCUUCGCCUGAAAUUGAUGAUGACAGCGAAUACUACCAUCAUCAGCCACACCCCAAGGAUCGUUCCACACCCGUUUCACAUCUCAAGGAGAUGUUGACUCAGGGUGUUGGAGAACACAAUUCUGGAAAGCCUGUCAAGAUCCAAGUGAAAAAUCUAAAUGAACUAUUGGACAAAUCCUCAGCCUCUUCGGCCUAUGGCGAUAGCUACAAUGACAAGCGUCCCGUGGACAUUACCACUGCAUCAGCAGCACCCCUUGAUAUGAGCAUGGAUGUUCUGGAUUUGAGCAAGAAACCCAAUAACACACAAACAAACGCACAAAAUCCCCCCGAACCAAAGGUGGCCUUGGAUGCCCCCUUGCCUUUGUUACAAAAAGAUGAUGCAAUUCCAUCGGUGUUGCCCACCACAGCUGCCACCAAUGAGGAUGUCGCCAACAAGGCUGCCGAUUUGACAUCGUUGGAAAAACAACAACAAUUCCUGAUGGGUCAUCAACCAUGGCUCAAUGAUCCUGCUCAAUAUCUACAGCAAUUGUAUCGCAUUCAAUUGUUGUUCCCUCAACUCAAUCCCUUCCUGAUGCCCAACUCACCGUUCAUGCCAAAUAAUUUGGAUUUCCAAAAAUUGGCUCCCUUCUUUAGGACCAUGUUGGGCGCCACUGGUGCUGCUCCUGCCAUGCCAACACCAGCUGAUUUAGAAAAAAUCAUGAACCCAUCAGCAGCCUCUAUGGCUGCAAUGCCACCAAUCAGCCCAAUGAUGUCGGAGAAAUCCAACACAGCUCCAAUGCCCUCGCCCAAGCCUGCUGGUCUACUCUCGCCCAAUCCCAGUCACUUGAAUAUUCCCCGUCAUGUUGUGAAUCCUUCAUCAAUGGCUGGCGGUCAAGUUCCUCACUUGCCACCCACCAUGUUGUCAAAUGGUCCCGUUAAAAUGGUGCUCAAGAAUGGUGUCUUUAUGCCAAAACAAAAGCAGCGCCGUUAUCGCACCGAACGUCCCUUCGCCUGUGAACACUGCUCGGCCCGUUUCACCUUGCGCUCGAAUAUGGAACGUCACGUGAAGCAACAACAUCCUCAAUACUAUGCUCAACGUCAACGUAGCGGUCAUCAUGUUAUGCGUGGACGCGGUGCCAGCAGUGCUGCCAAUAUGAAUGGCAUUACCCAUCUGCAGGCGGCAGUAGCCGCCCAGGCCCACUACGGUUCCAGUAGCAACAAUCAUUCACCCAUUUCCGAUCAAGUCAAAUAUGCCAUUUUGGCUCAGCAGUUGAAGGCCCGCAAGGAUCCUGAUUUGUUGCAGCAAGCCUUGGUCCAUGGCUCCAAUAGUGUUGCCAAUUCGAAUAUGUUUUUGGGAGGCCUUAAUGGCAAUGGUGUCGCCAGUGGAUUUCCCCACUAUGGAUCCUCUUCUGCCCAACAACAACAACAACAUCUGAGUCAAAAUGGUACACCUAAUGGUUCAAUGGAAGAUGAUGAACCCAAACUGGUGAUUGAUGAGGAUGAAGAUGACGAAGAAGAUGGUGAUGAUGUCGAAGAGAUCCAUGAUGAUCAGGAUUAUGACUACGAUCACAAUGAUAUACAAUUAAUGGAAAAAGAUCAUGGCGUGGAUGAUGAUGAGGAGGAGGAGCAGGACGAUCAUGCCGCCGUUGAGGAAAAUCAAUUACCCACCACUGUGGAGGAAGUUAAACUUAAAAAUGAGGUCAACGAGGAACCCAAAGGGGCAGCCAAAAAAGUGGCUGAAUCUAUUUUGGAGCAAGCCAUUAAGGCUGCACCAAAACCCUCAACAGAAAUGGUGCCAAACAGCAGUACCCUGAAGUCGAUGAUUGCUCAAGCCCCUGCUGUGGGUAAAUCACUUAAAGAUGUGGCCAGUUCUGCUUUCAAAGAUGAAUCUCAGGAUUUGGUACCAGUGGCAAAGUUGGUGGACAAUGCCACCAGUAAUUCGGUCUCGUUUAACAACUAUUUCCGUCCCGGAGAUGCUGCCAACCACAUGGAUCAAAGUGAUGAAGAAGGUUUGGUGGCCUCAGGCAGUGCCAGUGAAAGCAACAAUUCCGGUGCUGAAGAUGCUGCCAGUGGUGUUCCCACUAAGAAGAAGUCAGCCUACAGUUUGGCGCCCAAUCGUGUAUCGUGUCCCUAUUGUCAACGCAUGUUCCCAUGGUCUAGUUCUCUGAGACGUCACAUCUUGACGCACACUGGCCAGAAACCCUUCAAGUGCUCGCAUUGUCCACUGCUCUUUACCACCAAAAGUAACUGUGAUCGCCAUUUGUUGCGUAAGCAUGGUAAUGUAGAAUCGGCCGUUUCCGUCUAUGUACCCGAUGAGGAUGUCAACGAACCCAUUCCAUUGCCCAAAUCCGUCGAGGAAAUUGAACGCCAGCAAAGAGAACGUGAAGAGGAGGAAAAACGUCGUUUGGCUGAGGAAAAGGAGCGCGAACAAAAGGAAAAGGAAUUACGCGAAAAAGAACAGCAAUUGGAACACGAACGACAACAACAACGUCAGGCCAUAUUGAAGCAAUUGGCAGCAGUACAGCAGUAUAAUCAAUUUCAAUUGAAAUCGGAAACCUCCUCCUCCGCCACUGUGGGUAUCUCCUCUUCCGAAUUACCCUACAAAUGUCAUUUGUGUGAGAGUUCCUUUGCCGAGCGGAACCAAUGUCUGGAACACAUCAAAUGUUACCACUUGCAAGAAUACGAAUUGCUGUUGUCCAAAGGAGCCAUCGACAAUGAGUCGGAGGCAGCAGCUCAGAUUCAAUCGAACGAAGAGGAAGAACGCCAGCGAGCCAAUGAGGAGGCCAACAAGGGCGGCAAAUAUCCCGAUUACAGUAACCGCAAAGUGAUUUGUGCUUUCUGCAUGCGUCGUUUCUGGUCCACUGAAGAUUUGCGCCGUCAUAUGCGUACCCAUUCCGGCGAGCGGCCAUUCCAAUGUGAAAUCUGCCUACGCAAGUUUACGCUGAAGCAUAGCAUGUUGCGUCACAUGAAGAAGCAUAAUGGUGGCAUGAGCAUGAAUGGUUCGCAUCAUGGUAUGGAUGGUUUGAAUAAUGGCAAUAGCUGUUCCGACUAUUCGGAUGAUGAACAGGCUAGUGGACCACCAGCAGCACCACCUGCCGCCAUGACAAAUGCCAAUAUCAACGCUUUGUUUAUGGGUUCCAUGAAUUCCAAAAUUCAGGAAUUGCUCAGCAAAGCCAGUGAAUGGGGCAGCAACAAUGGUUCAGUGCUGCGGGAACGCAAACAAAAUAUGGCCGAUGAUAACGGUAUGCAGCCUCAAUCGGAUUUAAUUGGAAAUCUAUUGGGUAUCAGUGAUCAGGGUAUUUUGAAUAAAUUAAUGUCAUCACCGGAUGAGGCAGCCAAGCUGUUGGGAGUUGAAAAAUAA